UGGCUCCUCCACCUCGGAAAUACCGCCAGGUGCUGCAGCUCUCCCUGCCCGGCUCCUCACUCUCCCCCCCGGGCUGUCCUCUCGGAGCCGCACCGCUCCCUCCGAGUCUCCGCGGGUCUAACCCUAACCCUAACCCUAACCCUAACCCUAACAGCAGCGAUACCCAGCCGGUGAGCGACACACAUCCCGUGAGUCCCCUGUUCAGGCAGUCUCUCGGCCGGACAGUAGUCCCCUCCUGCCCCCGCAGCAGCUCCUCCUCCAGCCGGGGAGACUCGCUGCUCCUGGCCGGGAUCCCUGCAGCUCUCCCCGCUUCACAAUGGCUGGACACGAGUGGUUCGAGCGGGAGGAAUUAAUCGGACAGAUCAGCGACAUCCGAGUGCAGAACCUGCAAGUUGAGAGGGAGCUGGUUCAGAAGAGGACCUUCACCCGAUGGAUGAACCUGCAUCUGGAGAAGUGUGACCCCCCCAUCGAGGUCAACGACCUGUUCAGGGACAUUCAGGAUGGACACAUCCUCAUGGCCCUGCUGGAGGAGAUCUCCGGCUGCAAGCUGCUUCACGGGUUCAAGAGGUCCUCACAUCGUAUUUUCAGACUCAACAACAUCGCCAAGGUCCUGUCCUUCCUGGAGGAGAGGAACGUGAAGCUGGUCAGUAUCGACGCAGCGGAUGUUGCUGAUGGAAACUCCUCCAUCAUCUUGGGACUCAUCUGGAACAUCAUCCUCUUCUUCCAGAUUAAGGAGCUCACGGGGAACAUCAGGAGCCAGUUCCCCUCCUCCUCCAGCCUGUCGUCCAUCCCCACCAACUCUGACUCCGACACGUCCUGCAGCGCUCCGUCAGGCGAGAGGCAGGCGGCGGCGGCGGCCAUGCGCGAACACAGCAAUGCCAUCAAAAAACUGCUGCAGUGGGUCCAGAAGCGAACACGCAAGUACGGUGUGGCUGUGCAUGACUUUGGGAAGAGCUGGAAAAGUGGUCUGGCCUUCCUGGCUGUCAUUAAGUCCAUUGACCCCAGCCUGGUGGACAUGAGGAAGGCCCAUCUGAGGACCACCAAGGAAAAUCUGGAGGACAGCUUCAGGAUAGCCCACUACAGCCUGGGUAUCCACCGCCUUCUGGAACCUGAGGAUUUGACUAUCAAUGCACCAGAUGAACAAUCCAUCAUGACAUAUGUGUCUCAGUUCCUGGAGCACUUCCCUGGCAUAGAGGAGCCGGAGGAGCGCUGCCAGCCGAUUGAACGAAGCGUCUCCAUGGGCCGAAUCAACUUCCGUGACAGUGACACCAACCACAUAAGGAAUAGUGCGUACCGAAGCAGAGUGAAGGAGAGGUCCUACAUGUUCCAGAAGGUCUCUGCCCAAGCCCCACCCAAAAUCUUAAUUUCCUCUGUGUCAGAGGACAGGAGCGCCAUGUCACCCCCCUUCAGACCGCCUACAGCUCGCUCGUGGUCGGUUGAAGACAUCUUAGCAGAUUCCCCCCACACGGAAGACAUCUCAAGCAGUGUGGUUGAAGAUCCCAAUGAAUCCACCAGUGAGGUCAACACAACUUGUAACUCCCCACAACUGCCUUACAGUCACUCUCCCACAGGCUCAUCAGUGCCCGAGUCCAUAAACACAGAGUCAGUUAUUGGCGACUCUGCAAUCGGCUCGCCAGACUCCUGGAUGGAGAGCGAGUUCGGGGUGAUGCCAGAGAGGUUUUGUGAAAGCCAAAGCGAGAGUUCUUUGUGUGACAGUGGAACGGCCUGGGAUGUGUACCGUGCCACCCCUGUGGAGAUCACUAAUCUAGAUGAAGGAUUUGUCCCUUCCAUGGAGGAUAGAGCAUCUCAUGAGCAGUCGAAUACUGAGUCCUACAUCGAUGAAGGGAUUUACUCACUGAGCUCGUUGGAGAGCACCAAUGAGAGAAUUCAUGGGCAUUCUGAGAAAAAGCAAGAUGAAGUUGUCAAAGUGAAAGAGGCAAACCUUGAGAAUAACAACCAGGAAAUGGUACUAGAACAGGAACCUGAUCAAAGCAUGGAUGAUAUUACGAAAGAAGUAGACUCUAGGGACAUGGAUACAAGUCAGAGCAGAGAGCAAGAACCUUCUUUUGGACUGUGUGAGGCAGAAGAACGGAUUCAUUCUGGUGUUGAACAUCUCCUAGAAACUGAUCAAUCUAAUCAGUCACAACUCAAGCAAACCCUUGAGAGCGCUCAUGGAGACCCGGAAUACUUAGAGAAAGCUGUGGACGUUAAUGGGAAUGCCAAUGACCAUGAAGAACAAAUUAAGGAUGCAACUGCAAGUCAGAAUGAGAGAAAUAACUCUGAGGAGAUUGAAGGGGAAACUGAAUGUCAGAAAAAAGAUAGUCCAGAGGAGACAAGAGGAGAGCCAACCGAGGAGGCUGUUGUUUAUAAGGAAAGGGAUGUAGGAAAACAAGAAGAAAGUGGAGUUCUAAGAGAGUACCCAGGUCCUCAAGAAAGCUUAAGCUCAGAGACUUUAGCAAACACACAUCCAUCCAACACAGAUGGAGUUUCAAAAACAAGUCUUGAGCCAAGCAGAGGCAUAAAUAUUCCAUUGAUAUCUAUUUCCAGUGAGCCAGAAGAGCAGGAUGAAGAGGGGACAUGUGUGCCAGAAAGUAGCGAUCGUGCUGGGGAAGAUGAGGAACAUCAAGCAGAGGGAACUGACGGAGAGGUCAACAGCCCUGAAAAUCCUCCUGAAUUGGGUUGUGAUUCCAAUGACAAUGUUGACAAAGACUCUGUUGAAAGUCCUUCCUGUCUGGUAUCAGAAAAUGUUGAACCAACAGAAUCAGAACAAAAAAGGGUCAUAGAAAGUUUGGAUGAACAUGACAUCAGCGGAUCAUCAAAUUCAGUCAUAUGUGACAAUCAAACAGCCACAACACAGCAAAACACUUUAGAUACGGGUAGUGUUUCCACAAACAUGGACCUAUUUUAUACAGACUUUGAUCAAAAUUCCCAUGCAGAGGAUUUAAUCUGUGACUCUAUCGAACCCAUGGAUCUGUUCUACCCAGACAAAGAGGAGCCCAUGUUUACAGAGCUGCCGGAUGUUGAAAUGCAGAGUUGGCCUUCAGUUUUGAGUGUAUCUGCUCUCCAGCCAGCACCAGCUUCAGAGACUGAUCCUGACCAGCUACUGGACCUGCUGGGUGAAGACUACAGGGAGAGAAUGGAUUCCAUACUAGAGGAUGAUGAGGAGACCAACCAGGAGGCUGAGAAAGAAUCUGAAUCCCAGGAAGCCUGUUCGUUGCCCGGGGAGCCGAUGGGAGGACGGAGGGGUGCUGAUGUUCCAGCAGGCGGCAGAGAUCUCAGUGAGGCUGAGCAGCAGAGCUCGGGCUCGGCCAGGGAAAUCACAGAGCCUGUGAGGAGUGACAGUAGGAGCUCCAUCAGACAGGAUGAAAGCCAGAUCCCUCCAGUCCUCCGUCACAGAAAGGGGCCUCGCUUCACUGAGGCCAAGGACAAAGAGACAGCCAGGACUGCAGCGCCCGGAGCAGUGGACAACAGGGACUCUAGUUUGUGGUGCGGUGAGAACUCUGAGCUGUAUGUGCUGCUGCUGCUGCUCUGGCUGCUGCUCUACUGUUUCUUGCUGCUGCCUCAGAUGGACCUGAAGACCCUGCCCAGCCUGCUACUGAACCUGGACCACUGAAAACACACACACACACACACACACACACACACACGCACACACACACGCACACACACACACACACACACACACACACACACACACAGUUCCACUGCCACUUUCCUGUUCAUUACUCUGACUGUACUCCAGAUCAAGUGAAGGCAUUUAUGUAUUUCAAACUACUAAAGCUUUUUUAGAUUUUUGCUUUUGAGCUUCGAUGUGGCUUUAUGUAAUCUGUAUGACAAUGUGUUGGGGCCACUGCUAAGAAAUAAAGAUAUUUGACUUUUAAGAAUCAAUUAUAAAAUAAGUGGUGUACUUUUAAGAAAAAAAGAGUGAUAUUAUUACAAAUUGGUUGUAUUUUGAUAAAGAAAAGUCAGUAUUUUCAAAGUCAGUGCUAUGAAAUUCACCUUCAACUCUAAGGGAAAGUCUUCAUAUUAUAAGGAAUACAUCAUAACUUCCUAUAAAGAAGUUGUAUUUUCAUAAUAUUUCUACAAAAUAACAACUUUAUCUGUUCUUAAGUUUUUUCCUAUGAUGUUUUUUCAUUUGUUCUCCAAAAAUGUACAAUUAACUCAUAGAAUUAUGGCUUAAUUUAUGUAACCGUUUUUUCUCAAAAUGUAUAACUAUUCUAGCCGUGGCCCUGACGUUCUGUUUUAAAGACACUAUAGAACGUUUAUUGCGGACAUUGAAAGACAUUAUGACUGUACAGCACACUUUUUGUACAUAAAUAUAUUCUAUGGAUUUAUGGACGCACAGUUGCCUAAAUAUCUUAAUAGCCAUUUAAGAAGACGUUGGAAGUUACUUUACUUUUAUCAGAUAAUAAAACUGGACAUAGUGAAGCUGAAGCCGGAAAAUAAAAUCAAGCAUGUAGAUGAAACAGCUGGGCUUUCUGAGCUUAUGUAUCUGUUUUAUGUAAAGAUGAAUGAAGGGGGAUUAUGAUCUGUUGCACUUUUUAAUACAAACUGCCAAAGAUAGUGCGCAUACAGAAAGUACACAACUCACCAUAGGAAUGGAAGUCUUGUUUAUAACACACAGAGGGUCUUCAUUUACUCUUGUACUAAAGCGUUGCCCAGCUCUAUAUUGCAUAACAGUUGAGGCGAAAUAUGUAUUUGUAAUAUUUUAUGAGAAAUAAAUGUUUUAUGUGAUAGAACGAUGCUUGUCCCAGCCUGUCAAUAGAAAGAGAAUGCUUUACAAUGAAACAUCUUUCUACAUGUUAUUUUUUGAAUAUUGUCUGUAAUGAAGCACUAUGACAAA